AGGAAAAAAGCUGCAGAGAAAUCAUAAAGUAGACCAUGAGUUGAAAUUUUAACUUCAUCCAACUCAUUUAAAAUAAUUAUUCUUUGCAAUAACUCAUGGUCAAACACUGGAAUCGUGGGGCUAUUUGCAGAUUUUUCUCGCGAGAGUUGUCCACUAUGGAGAGACACGACCUGCCCACUGCUGGGAGAGGACAGCAUCGCCCUGCAGGACACACACUUUCUGUGCGAUCAGCUUUUUUAUUUAUUUAUUUUUUAAAGGGGUUUAAACGGCGAUAUUCUGCAUGUGAGUGUGAAGCUCUUUGAGCUUCAGGAAGAAAAGAAAAAACUCAGAUGUGAUCAUGGGCGGUGUUUUCCUCCUGGGUGUGCGUCCAGAAGAAAGAAAAAGCUCCCAUAUGGAGAGUGUGUGUGUGGGGGGGCAGACCAUGCAGACUCAGGAAAUAAGUGGACUGCAUGCAUGAAUCCGUCUCCACCUCUGGAGAUUUAAUCAGAUUAAAGCAAACUAUAUCUGUAAUUUAUCCACUUGAUUUCUGCAAAUAUCACCGGGAUGUAUCCGGGGAUAAAUAAUCAAUGAGCCCGGGCUGUGAUCCUCUCCUCCCGGGCUGGAGUACAGCCAGCAGUCCGGGCCAGGCUCGGCUGUUGGAGGACUAAUGAAAGGGAAGAGUCUGCAUAUCUCACCGCCAGAGAUCAAACACUAUGUGCGGACAAAUCGUGCACGAUCAUCGAGAGUUGGGAUGAUGAUGAUGAUGAUGAUGGGACACGACGAUGUUUAUAGGUUUCUGACUCCUGAAUGUCCCGCCUCCUUUUAGGUGAGACAGAGGCACACACACAAAAAAAACAGUCUGACCUCCACCUGUGUCCACCGACAUGGAUAAACUCACCGUCAUAUCAGGAUGUCUCUUCCUCACUGCAGAUAUCUUCGCCAUCGCAAGCAUCGCCAACCCGGACUGGAUCAGCACCUUAGACUCAGCUGGCUCUCUGACUGUGGGUCUGGUCCGGCAGUGUCAGACCAUCCACGGCCGGGAUCGGAUCUGCAUCCCUCCACAGCUGCCCCCUGAGUGGAUCACAACGCUCUUUUUCAUCAUUCUGGGAAUCAUCUCCCUCACUGUCACCUGCGGUCUACUGUUCAUGUCACGCUGGCAUCGCGAUGCUGCCCAUUACGCCCGAUGGAUCGCCUUCACAGGAAUGGUCCUGUUCUGCAUGGCUGCCCUCAUAUUCCCAAUCGGCUUCUACAUCAACGAGGUUGGAGGACAGCCAUAUAAGCUUCCCAACAACACAGUCGUGGGCUCCUCCUAUGUACUCUUUGUUCUUUCCAUAUUCUUCACCAUAGUGGGACUGUUGUUUGCUGGGAAGGUGUGCUUACCUGGUUGACAUAUCCUCCUCCUCGUCCUCCUCCUCUUCUGUUUUGGAGAAACACCACCAUUGGGGGGAAAUGGUUUUAGACUUGACCCAUCCAUGGCAGUGUUGGAGGUAUCGUCGGAGUAGAACAGAGCAUCUGUUUGUGUGUUUUUCCUUUUGGAUGAAUUGUCACGAUGCUCGUAACGAGAGUGGAAAUCAUUGAGAUCCAUCUGUCCAUCUGUUCGUUCAGAGACUGAGCCGGCGCGGAGAGCUCUGAAAUAGCUCUCAUCAUUGUCCGUGCUGAAUGAUGAAGUGCUAAACAGAGGAGGGGAAUGUUAAAAAUAAAACAUGAUGGAUGAUGGAUAAAAACAUCAGAACUUUGGAGCCUUUGCGAUAUUAUCCGUCAUCAUUAGAUUUUAAUAACCUUGUGCUUCUGAUGAAGAACCCAGGAUGCACAUACUGAGAUUAGACUGUCAGGCCUGAUGAUGGCCAGAGAACCAAAUAUCAGUCAUCUUUAACAUGAUGGAGGUUCUUCGUUGACCACCGCUACAUGGAAUCACUUGUAAUAUAAACAAUGAAGUUUCACUUUCUUGGAACAUUUUAUUUAUUUGUUUAAUAGUUCAGUUCUUUUUUUUUUUUUUUGGUAAAGAUGUUUUUUUAUUAAAUGUAUCCCAGAGUUUCCUCCUUUUAAUAUAUGUGUUGGAUCACUUUGCCUUAAAGAACUGUUAACCUUAAAAUAACUCUAACAUCUGUCCAAAAUGAUUGGUAUUGAUCAACAUUAAAAAACAUGCAAGUCAAGCUCUCUUCUGUCAUUAUAGGGUGAGAAAUAUAAAGUAUCGAUUGAUGCUGUUUAAGGAUGAUGAGCUGGUCUCGAUGACGCUGUUGAACACUCUGGUGGAUCACCAGAGUAAGACCCACAUCGACAUGUCAAGCCUGUUCUGGUCUCUCUGUUACAGCUUUUGUUAUUUUUAACGAUGUAGUGAAUGUAUUACUCACCCUUUUUAACCAUUUCCCAAUGUUUAAACACUGUAUCAAGAAAUGAAUGAAUCUGGCGAGUCUGUUUUAUACCUUUGGGUCGAGGAUGCGUACUUAAUUUCUGUACAAAUGAACAGACGGCCAGUCUGUGUCAUCUUCUAGAAGCACUAUGAUGUUCUUAAAUGAGCACGGAGGAUCUCAUCUCAUUAAAAAUGAC